AAUCAUCUGGCAUAAAGCUUGAUCCAACAGAAGAACGAAUUUUAAAAGAUCAGAUUAGUGUCAUUGAAAGAAAAGAAUCAUAUUUUACAUUAUAUCGAUUCGCUACAAAACUUGACUGGAUAUUAAUGUUUAUUGGGUUAGUGUUUUCAGCAGCCACAGGAGCUGCCAUGCCCGAUAUGUCUCUGAUUAAUGGUGUUAUUCUGUCAUUAUCGGGUAUAUAUCAGAGCUAUCGGAAAACUAAUAGCUAUAUCAAAUUACCAAUUUCUGGCAUAAUACCUGAUAAUGACAAGUGA